UUCACAGACAGUUGUCAGUUCUUCCUUACCCUAGAAAACAAUUCUAAUCUGCUGUCUCGUAUUUCGAUAAACUAUUACUUGCUUUUUGAACCUUCGUCCUUUCAGAUCCGGACAGCAGCAUGCUCUCCGUACUCCGUUCUAGUGCUUGAGCAAGUGAAGCAAGUGAAGUUCGCGACCGGAAACACAACAAAAAGUCCCAAAAAAUGGCCGCACACAAGCUGAGCAGCAUCAAAUCGAUGAAGCUGUUCGUCUGCCUGAUUGGCGUCACGUCCUUCCUGCUGCUCAUCUUCUGCCUCUACACCACGAUCAGCACGCCGGAAAAGGAGGUGGCGCCACUGUCCCUGCCGAACGAUGGCUACCAGAACGUGGUCUCGUACGAGCUGCGGCGCAGCCAAACGAUCGUGCCGGAGAAGUACAACGAGCACCAGGUGAAGGCGCGCAUCAUCCGCGACAAAAUCAAGCGCCUGGUCGGUAGCGGAAAUCCCAACACCGCAACCGUACCACCAUCGGAGCACCGGAAUCGAACGUUCCCACUGAAUCGGAACGUGCAGAUCCACUACCACGGUACGGUGGCGUGGUACAAACCGCGCCCCACACAUCCGUCCAGCGAUCGGUUGAUAGCGCGCAUCUACGAGAACAACUCCGUGUCGUUCAAGCCGAACGACGAGCCGGUCAUCAACACGGCGUUCUACCCGAAGCGCCGGCUGUACAACACGAGCGAAUCGAUCGUGCGGGAACACUUUAACGAGAUACAGAACUGUGGCAUCGGUACGGUGGUGCUCGGCUGGCAGCCCAACUUUUCCGAGUACCUGCUGCGCACCAUCUUCAGGGUGGCGGAGCAGUACGAUCUGAAGGUGGCGAUCGAAAUCCUCGACUACGCGGACCGCACGAUCGAGAGCAUCCGCAGCAACAUCAAGUACUUUGUGGAUGGGUUCGGGAAGGGGCCGGCCGGGACGACCAGCACGCUCAGCUACUACACGGUGCUGUCGAAAAGGCGUGACCUGCCACUGUUUUACAUACGCAAGGCGUACCGUAUAACGGAUCCGGAAUGGAAGCGGUUGCUGAGCCGCAACGGCAUACUGACCAUCCGGGGUGCUGCGAGCUACGAUGCCGUACUGUUGGCGCACAUCAGCUCCAAGGACCACAAAUCCAUGGUACGGCGGGCAGGGUUCGACGGGUUCUACACGUACCUGCCGAGCAAUGGGGCGAACUAUGCAUCAACGUGGAAGAACUGGAACCAGCUGAAGAAGUUUGCGGACAGCUAUCGGCUACUGUUCGUACCGACGAUUGGGCCCGGGUACUACGAUCGCCGGAAGUACCACCGGAACGUGAACCAGAACCACGGCAUUACGAACAUCAAGCGGUACCGGUCGAAUGGUCAGUACUUUGACGUUGGUUGGCGUACCUCGCUCAAGAACAAUUUGCAGAUCAUCACGAUCAACAGCUACAACAACUGGGUGGAUGGGACGCAGAUCGAGGCGGCCAUACCGGUGUUUGGAUUUCGGGACUAUCUGCCCGGACCGCCGGAGAAGUAUCUCGAUCUGACGCAGGCCUGGGUGGAGGAGUACAUCAAGUACAAGCUGAACAACAUUAAGCUGAACAAGAAAACGGAACUUACGCUGAGCUGUUACGAUUUUAUUAACAGCACUAUAUGUUAGGCAGUUAGGCGCUAUGCUAACUAGUGGUGGGUAAAAACUUGCCAGAAAGCCGGUGUCGGCUCCGAUAAAUUUGGAAUCGCCCGGAGUCGUCCGGAGUUGUCUGGAGUUGCCCGGAGUCGGAGUCGUCUGGAGUCGUCCGAAAUCGUUAG